GUCUUGUAUUUUGGCUUGCUGUUGCUGCCAUUGUUGACCACCAACCCAACCUUUGCUUACUUUUAUUAUUAUUAUUGUUAUUAUUUUAUUAUUAUAUUAUUUUUUUUCUUUGGGAUUGUUUGAUUUUUCUAAAGUUCCGUUGUUCUUGUUCCCUCUGUUAAUGCAAGAAUCCCUUCCGUUUGAUGAAAAUUGGGUUGAUGGGUUAUUGUUUUCCACUCCAUUCUUCUUCUUCAAUGCUUUAAAACCAGCUUUUUUUCUCGAUUUUCUUUGUGGGUUUUAGUUAAGAAUUCUGAAAUAGGAAUAUUGAAUUCGAUCUUGUAGGAGAUGAAGGGAAAGGGUGGGGCUCUUGGAACUUACUUUGUCUUGAACACGGGAGCCAAAAUUCCUGCCAUUGGCCUGGGAACAUGGCAGAGUGGUGGGGACCUCUGUGUUCAGGCUGUCAAAACUGCAUUAUCUGUUGGUUAUCGACAUAUAGACUGUGCCCAUCUCUAUGGAAAUGAGGUUGAAGUUGGGGAAUCGCUUGCUCAGGCUUUCAAUGCAUCGCUCAAGAGGGAAGAUGUUUUCUUAACCUCUAAGCUCUACUGUACCAUGAACUCCCUCAAUAAGAUCGACAAUUAUGUCAGGGUUUCUCUUAAGAAUCUUGGAGUCUCUUACUUGGAUCUUUAUUUGAUGCAUUGGCCUGAUAUUUCAGCCUUUGGUGAUGCCACUGAUCCUCCUUCCAAGUCUGGGACUGAGUAUAGACAGUUCUUGAAUCGAUUGAAGAAAGCUUGGAAGGCCAUGGAAGGUCUUGUCGAGUUAGGUCUCGUAAGAGCUAUUGGAGUCAGUAAUUUCAAUAUUCAACAGAUCAAGGAGUUGCUUAAAUUUGCAAAAAUCGUCCCUGCCGUCAAUCAGGUUGAGUUGCAUCCCUUUUGGAGGCAAGAUGAAUUAGUAAAAUUCUGUCAAUUGAAGGGUAUCCAUGUAUCUGCUCACACUCCUUUAGGAGUUCCUACAUCAAGUCCUGGAACAUCUGAUAGUGGAUCAGGGGAGGAUGAACCUGGUACUCCUCGCAUAUCAUUUAAGAGAUCAAGAUCUGUACAUGGACCCAUGCUGAAACUGUCAGUUGUUUCAGAGAUAGCAGAUAAGCUCAAAAAGACUCCUGAACAGGUUAUUCUUCGGUGGGGAUUACAGAGAGGAACAAGUGUCCUACCUUGUAGCCUGAAGCCGGAUCGGAUAAGAAAAAAUAUAGAUAUAUUCAGUUGGAGUCUAUCAGAUGGAGAGUGGAAUCGGUUGAACCAGAUAGAACCACAGGUAUGUUUAUUUGGAAAUGGAAAUGGACUUGUGAAUAAUCUCACAGACAGUGGUGGGUUCAUGUUUGGUAGUGGUCCUCUUCAAGUAGUGCGUGAGAUAGAGGAUGAUGUGGAACCCAAUGCUUGAUAUAUAAUACUAACUUUCUUUACAAUAGUGUGCUGCUCCAAUUUCAUGUUAAAAAGAUGCCAUGUUUGUUAUAAUUGCCCAUUGUUUUGUGGGUUAUAGAUUUUGUGGAUGCUGAAUAGGAAAGUCAAAUCACACAUUAUUAUUAUUAUUAUUGAUUGCAGGGGAAAUCUUUUUGUUUGUCA